CUCUGUCGCCCAGGCUGGAGUGCAGUGGCACAAUCUCGGCUCACUGCAAGCUCCGCCUCCUGGGUUCACGCCAUUCUCCUGCCUCAGCCUCUCCGAGUAGCUGGGACUACAGGCGCCCGCCACCACGCCCGGCUAAUUUUUUGUAUUUUUAGUAGAGACGGGGUUUCACCGUGGUCUCGAUCUCCUGACCUCGUGAUCCGCCCGCCUCGGCCUCCCAAAGUGCUGGGAUUACAAGCGUGAGCCACCGCGCCCAGCAAAUGUGCUUCUUUAUUUAACCAUUAGAUAGCAAGAUCUGGUGGUGGCCCAAUAACUGUGAUAAUUUUGAAGAUAUAAUGAAUCUAAACAGUAUAUAGAGGCAUUUGUGACAGCUGUGAUAGGAAGUUAUCUGUUAUUUUGAUUUGUGACAAAGCCACAGGUAUUGCUAAUUCUGCUGUGGUUUGUUGCCUAAUUUAUAGUGGAAGGAAAGGUGGAAUAUCAGUUACAGAUUAGAGACAGAUGUGAUCUCUUCCUAUCUAAGUUCCAGGUGCAGGGAAGUGGGUGUUGCUGUGUGGUGAGGGUGAAGAGGUUUUCAGGAAAUUUGGGUUUAGGAAGAGAAAAUGUUCCUAAAAGAGGGGACAAGGAUCCACAUGCGUGGUGGGCCAAGAGGGUGGGCGGAUCCUGCCGGAGCCUCCUCCCACCUGGAGGGGUCCCAGUGUCCACCUUCCCUGCCCCAGCCCACCUCCUCGAGGUACUGGGAGGCUGGAUAAAGUCCUCGGCUGGGCCACACCCCACCCCAAAUUCUCCCUGUCCCGCCCUAGUGGCCCAGGCCACCCUGGCCUGCUUCCUUCCGCAAGGCACCUCACCUUCUGUGCCCAGACCAUUAGCCAACGCGGUGACCCUGACCCCGGCCCAGGCCCUGCUAAUGAAAAGGAAAGCCCGUACGCACUCGGCCUGACCCACGGCGACCUUCUGUGACCAAUCAUACUACCAACCUCUUAAACAGAGCUCCACCGACGCAAUGCCCAAGCAUAAAAAGGCCAGGCCGGAGAGACCGCCACCAGUCACGGACCCUGGAUCCAGAGCACCCGCACCAUGGCCGGCCCCAGCCUCGCCUGCUGUCUGCUCGGCCUCCUGGCGCUGACCUCAGCCUGCUACAUCCAGAACUGCCCCCUGGGAGGCAAGAGGGCCGCGCCGGACCUCGACGUGCGCAAGUGCCUCCCCUGCGGCCCCGGGGGCAAAGGCCGCUGUUUCGGGCCCAAUAUCUGCUGCGCGGAAGAGCUGGGCUGCUUCGUGGGCACCGCCGAGGCGCUGCGCUGCCAGGAGGAGAACUACCUGCCGUCGCCCUGCCAGUCCGGCCAGAAGGCGUGCGGGAGCGGGGGCCGCUGCGCAGUCUUCGGCCUCUGUUGCAGCCCGGACGGCUGCCACGCCGACCCUGCCUGCGACAUGGAAGCUACCUUCUCCCAGCACUGAAACCUGAUGGCUCCGAACACCUUCGAAGCGCGCCACUCACUUCCCCCAUAGCCACCCCAGAAAUGGUGAAAAUAAAAUAAAGCAGAUUUUUCUCCUCUA